CACUUGGAGAACAUCUAGAGAAGAGAAUAAGAGAGAAGCAGAGCUGAAACGAAGAGCAGAGUUGUCACCAUCUUCGAUCUGCCAUCCGUCCGCGAGGUUGAGGGUUUUGGACUCCUCUGUGCACGAAGACGCACAAGAUCUACGAGGUUUCUUCUAUCACUUCAGUAGGGUUUGAACUUUGCUCAAAGUGAGAAAAUGUCAACUUUAAAACAAGCAGUUAAUGAGACUGCAAAAUGGAGCCAAGCAAAUGUAGACACCCUUAUUGUUCUGAUGGUAGAGGAAGUUAAGAAAGGAAAUAGGACUACUUCGACUUUUAAUAAAGCUGGUUGGAACAACAUUGCCAAUAACUUCAAAGAAAAAACUGGGGUCAACUAUGCCAUUGUACAGUUGAAGAACAAAGUGAACAAACUGAGGCAGGAUUAUAGUCAGUUUAAGAAGCUAUUGGAGACAACUGGUUUUGGUUGGGAUACUGCUUCAAGAACUUGUACUGUUGAUGAUGAAUCCAUCUGGGAAUCGCAUAUUAAGAAGCACAGACUACCACAAUGGCCAGAACUAUGUAUGGUAUUUGGUGAUACAUAUGCAGACAGAGAAGGAAGUGGGACUCAAACAACCGUGUUGGAAACUAUGGGGGCCGAUGAUGCUAGGAAUAUGAUUGAGUCUUGUGAUGAGUCAAGUUCCGCUGAUGAAGUUACUCCAUUAGGUGACACUCAAACUGAAGCAGUGGAAAAAAGGCCAGCUACUAAGCAUAGGCAUGAUAGGACUCCAAAUGUGAAAAGGAGGAGGAACAAGUCUAAUGAUUGGUCAAUGGCAUGCAAGGCAAUUCAAGAUAUGAGUAAAUCAAGGGUAGAACGAGAUGCGAGCAUGUCCACUGCUUCAACCCAAAAUGCAGAACAGAUGUACGGGAUUACUAAGGCCAUGGAGGUGCUUGAGUCAGGAUAUGAGUUAGAUGAAACACUAUACAAGAAAGCACUUUUGAAGUUAAUGGCUAACACGCAAUGGAGAGAAGUAUUAAUUUCCUGCCCUCCUCAUCGGAAGUCAAUACUUCUUCGUACCCUUCAGUAGUUUGUUUCUUGAAAAGUUCUUUUAAUUAGAUAGAUUGAUAACUCUACUUGGAUUGUGCAUUGACACUACUUUUAACUUUGAUGGUUUGCUAUGUUUUCCUUCACUUUUUAAGAUGUUAUGGAUGACUGUGUCUUGACUUUUUUUUAUAACUGUAAUAUUUGAUGUCCUGAAUAUUUGUUCAUUGUACCUUGACACUACUU